AUACGGACUUUAACAAAAGAUCUCGAACCAAACAAAAAAGAAAUGUCCACAAAUGCCUCGGCAGUCCUCACCUCUCUUCCUUUCUCUAAUUAUACGGAGUACCUGAUUGACCGUCCCACCCAGUUUGAAAGGGUCUUGAGAAAUGGAUCAAGAAUGCCUUCAGUGAGAGAGAGAGAUGAAUCAAGAAUGCCUUCAAGACAACCUUUGUCUGCUACAGUACCAUCAUACCCCAGACUCAUCAAAUUCACUGCAAUCUUCAUUGCAAUCACCGCCUUAUCAUCCCUGAUCACCCUCUUCGCAAUUGCCUACUUCUUGUACUACCUAUGGUACUCUGUACUCCGCAGGUCCCCCACCAGCCCAUUAUUUGAUUCCAAUAAUGACCCUCUGGUUAAGCUCCGGAGAUUCUCCUAUAGGGAGCUGAGUUCAGCAACCCAUGGUUUCAGCCCCCGAAACGCCAUUGGGAAGGGUGGGUCUGGGACUGUGUUCAGAGGGAGCUUGAAAGAUGGCAAGUCUGUGGCUGUAAAGCUCUUGGAUUCUUCUUCUUUGGAGAGCGAGAGGGAUUUCCAGAACGAGCUCCUGAUUCUCGGAGGGAUCAAAUCCGAGCUGGUUGUUUCGCUUGUUGGGUACUGCGUGGAGAAGAGGAAGAGGCUUGUGGUGUAUGAGUAUAUGCCGAACCGAAGCCUCCAGGAAUUGCUUUUCUCGGAGACGAAUUCGGGGUUGGAUUGGGGAAGGAGGUUUGGGAUCGUUUUGGACGUUGCAAAGGCGCUGUCUUUCUUGCAUCUUGAAUGCGACCCGCCCGUGGUCCACGGGGAUGUGAAGCCUAGCAAUGUGUUACUCGAUUUGGAGUUCAAGGCCAAGCUUUCGGAUUUCGGGCUGUCGAGAUUGAAGACUGAUUUUGUAGGGGCUGAUUUGUUCAGCCAGGAGAUUGGGGGAACGAGGAGCCCCCAAGACCUCUCCGGGAAUCUAGGGACUCCUACUCCCCAGGAAGAGAGUCGAGACGAUGAGGUGGAUUUCGCCAUGGCUUUACAGGCUUCUUCCUCUUCCAACCCGAAUAGUUUUAAGAAUUCUCAGAACUUCAGAGCUCCGGGGUUGAACUCUAUGAACUAUAAUGCUGUGUUUGACGCGGAUGACAAGAUCACGACUAGAAAGGGGAAAUCAGUUGAGAAGGAUUGGAACAAUGAUGAUGAUGGUGAUGGUGAUGAUGAUGAGGUAAGCAGCAGCAUUGGUCAGGGUAAGGAGUUGGAUUUGAGUAAUAAUGCGGUGUCGGGUGAGAGCAUUAUUGAUCAUAGUAUGCUGCAGGGUAGAGAUUGGUGGUGGAGACAGGAUGUGAGUGGUGAAUUGUGCACCAAAGAUUAUGUGAUGGAGUGGAUAGGCACCCAAAUCUUCCAUUCCGCUAAUCCCAAUUGGGAUGAAGAAGGUAAAGAGAAUGUCGGGUGUGUGGAAGAAGUGAACCAGACGGGCAUCCCGGGGGGGAAAGAAUUAUUGGAGUUGCAGAAUAAGAAGCCGAGGGUGAUGAAGGAGUGGUGGAAGGAGGAACACCUUGAUGAACUUUCCCGGAAGAAGAACAAGAAGAAGAAGAGUGCCAAUGGUAAUAAUCCUAAUAAAACCAAGUGCAUACGAAGCAUCAGAUUCAAAGUCCGACAUUUCGAUCUGGGGAAACACUUCGCGUUCAUGGCCCAGAACAGCGAGAGAAGAUGCGAUCUAGAGAGGGAACUCAGUUUCAGGAGGGGCUGGAAGAAGAAGAAGAAGAAGAAAAAGGAAUCACAUUGUGUUGGGGGAGGGAGCGAUGCGUGGAGUGGAGAAAUCUUCAGCCGGGACCUGAGCAGCACCACGAGCAUGCGGGGUACACUCUGUUACGUCGCGCCGGAAUACGGGCGCUCCGGGUACCUAAUGGAGAAGGGGGACAUAUAUAGUCUGGGAGUCCUCAUUCUUGUGAUCGUCUCCGGCAGGCGACCUCUCCAUGUUCUCAACUCACCGAUGAAGCUCGAGAGAGCCAACUUGGUGAGCUGGUGCAAGCACUUGGCUCAUUCUGGGAAUGUUCUUGAAGUAGUGGAUGAGAAACUGGGAGACGAGUACAACAAGGAUGAGGCCAGGCUGUGUGUCAGCUUGGCCUUGGCUUGCCUACAGAGAGUGCCCGAGCUAAGGCCCGAUAUCGGGGAUAUCGUGAAGAUUCUGAGUGGGGAAAUGUGCUUAUCGUCGCUACGGUUUGAUUUUUUGCCAUCUCCGCCGUCCAAAUUGCUUCACAGAUCAAUGAGAAGGGAGAAGAGGAAUGCAGAAUUAGGUUUCCGAAUGUAAGCGUGCAAACAGGGUCGGAGAGUGCAGUGUGGAAUGUAUGUUGUCUUCUUGUACAUAUUUGCCAUUUUGAGUCUAGAGCUUGUUAUCUUU